AUGGCACCUAAUGGGCCUGUCUCCGUACUUAGUUGUCACAGAUCUAUCAUAAUCAUAGCGCUUCCAGUGGGUGUUUCGGUUGAUCUUCAAAAAGCGCAGGUUGGUUACAGUAAAGUGUUUGUUUUAGGGCAGAAGGUUGAAGAUGAAGUUGAAUAUUCGAAGUGCACUCAGGAAUGGUUACGUAAUAAUCAGCCGUCCCAUCGUCUGGCAGUCCUUCAGGACUACAUCCGGUUUAGAACCGAGGUAUUCAUACCCUCACUUCAGCAAUUGAAAACGUUGGUGAUAAUGUAUGGACUACCAAUUCUUGCAUGUAGGUUGUUGGAUAAUCUUCGAGUGACAGCGGCACGUCCCGGUGUUGUUAAUUUCGAACUAGAUAUCCAGAAGGAACAUACGAAUCGCCUGGGAAUCCUCCAUGGAGGAACCAUUGCGAGCAUGGUUGAUCUGGGGGGAUCGCUAGCCGUUGCCUCGAGGGGACUCUUCGCUACUGGAGUCUCAACAGAUCUUAAUGUUACGUAUCUCAAUUCCGGUGGGAAAAUCGGAGAUAAAAUUCUUGCGGAAGUUACUUGCGAUAAAUGUAUGCAUAAUUUCACCUAUUCAUCCAUAAAGUUGUUAGUGAAUCCAUCUCAUCUAAUUGCAUUACCUCAAAAAAUCUCAGUUGGGAAAACCCUCGCAUUCACAUCCGCCAAGUUCACAAAUUUAGAGAACGAAGUUGUGGCACGGGGUAGUCACACGAAAUUCGUGGCUAUCGCAUUCAAAGACCCGAAGAACAUCGUUCAUCAGCUUCAGCCAGAAGAGGAGUCUGAGGGUGGAAACAAAUGCUGA